AUGGGGCUCUCCCGGAGCCCGCGACCGCCGCCGCUGGUGAUCCUGCUACUGGUGCUGCCUCUGUGGCUGCCACUUGGAGCAGGAAACUCCCUUCCCACAGAGCACAGGCUUGUGAACAGCUGUACCCAGGCCAGAAAGAAAUGCGAGGCGAAUCCCGCUUGCAAGGCUGCCUACCAACACCUGGCCUCCUGCACCUCCAGUCAGAGCAGGCCCUUGCCCUUGGAGGAGUCUGCCAUGUCUGCAGACUGCCUAGAGGCAGCAGAACAACUCAGGAACAGCUCUCUGAUAGACUGUAGGUGCCACCGGCGCAUGAAACACCAAGCUACCUGUCUGGACAUUUAUUGGACCGUUCACCCUGCCCGAAGCCUUGGUGACUACGAGUUGGAUGUUUCACCCUAUGAAGAUACAGUGACCAGCAAACCCUGGAAAAUGAAUCUCAGCAAGCUGAACAUGCUCAAACCAGACUCGGACCUCUGCCUCAAAUUUGCUAUGCUGUGUACUCUUAACGACAAGUGUGACCGUCUACGCAAGGCCUACGCGGAGGCAUGCUCAGGGCUCCGCUGCCAGCGCCACCUCUGCCUAGCACAGCUGCGCUCCUUCUUUGAGAAGGCCGCAGAGUCCCACGCUCAGGGUCUGCUGCUGUGUCCCUGCGCACCCGAAGAUGUGGGCUGUGGGGAGCGCCGGCGCAACACCAUCGCUCCCAGUUGCGCCCUCCCUUCUGUGGCCCCCAAUUGCCUGGAUCUGCGGAGCUUCUGCCGUGCGGACCCUCUGUGCAGAUCACGCCUGAUGGACUUCCAGACCCACUGCCAUCCUAUGGGCAUCCGCGGGACUUGUGCGACUGAGCAGUCCAGAUGUUUGCGGGCAUACCUGGGGCUAAUUGGCACUGCCAUGACCCCAAACUUCAUCAGCAAGAUCAACACUAGUGUUGCCUUAAGCUGCACCUGCCGAGGCAGUGGCAACCUGCAGGACGAGUGUGAACAGCUGGAAAGGUCCUUCUCUCAGAACCCCUGCCUCAUGGAAGCCAUUGCAGCUAAGAUGCGUUUCCAUGGGCAACUCUUAUCCCAGGACUGGGCGGACACUACUUUUUCAGUGGUGCAGCAGCAGAACAGCAAUCCCGCGCUGAGGCCACAGCCCAGGCUACCUAUUCUUUCUUUCUUCAUCCUUACCUUGAUUCUGCUGCAGACCCUCUGGUAGCUGGGCUUCCUCAGGGUCCUUCGUCCUCUCCACCACACCCAGACUGACUUGCAGCCUGUGAUGGGAGAAUGCCAGCCUCUGGAAGAAGAUGCAACCAGGCAUCCUGCAGCAUAUCCUGUCUUCUCUAGAUGAGGUUUUAGAAGCCAGGGCUGUGACCCUUCAGAACCCAAGUGGCUAGUUUUCAAACCUCCCUCUCCCCUGCUUCUGGCUCAGGCUGCUCCUCCUUAGGACUUUGUAUUACAGUUUGGCUGUAUGUCCUGGUGGUGAAUAGCUUCUUACCUCCUGCUUCUUCCUAUUUCCCAGGACUACCCAGGGGCUGUCAGUCCCUGUUGCCUUCUCCAGGAAGGCAGGCUGAUGGUUCUGAGGCAGCUGAGAAAGACAUUCCCUUUGUGAGGAAGGCUGGUGCUCCAGCCCCCACGUCCCUCUGAGUGGAAGACAAAGCCUGCUGUCUUGACUGCUCUGCCAGGCAAUCCUGAACAUUUGGGCAUGAAGAGCUAAAACCUUUGGGUCUUGCUUAACUCCUGUUACUGUCCCCAAGUCCCCCUAGUCCCUCGGGUCAUGAUUAAACAUUUUGACUUAAGACUUUGAUUUUUCCCCAUUUCCUUAAAUGGUAAGUUUUU